UUGAUUAAUUAAUCACACGCGGUUACUUAAAACAGUAUAAAUAUAGUUGUGGCUUGAUAUUGAAGGUGUAAGAUUUGUAUAUACAAAAUGGAAGUCCAAAGGCGUAGCGUACUGUUUCUUCUAGUUCUAUCUCUUCUUAUUCAUACACAAUUCAAAGUCGUUGGUUCACUUGAUCAAGCCUCUGUGUCAUCUAUUGAUGCAAAACGUCAUCAUUUAACCGUAGAAACGAGGUCGUUACCGGGUGAUUUUGUGCGGAGACAGCUUGCCGGUGGUGGUUGUGGAGGGGGAGGGGGAAGUCGUGGAGGUGGAGGCGGUGGAUCAAGUGGAGGAGGAAGCUCAAACCGUGGUGGCAGUCGUGGUGGUGGUGGUGAUGGCGGUGGUGGUAGCGGAGGUGUCCGACUUCAAUACUCUUUUGCGUUGUUCAUCUUCACGACAUGGUUCAUUCUCAUGUUUUAUUAGACUCUAAAUUUUAGUUUUCUAAGUUUUUUUCUCUCUCUCUUCUUAGUUUUUUUUUUUUGGUUUGACAAAGCUCUUCUUAAUUAGUUGAAUUAUUUUGUUUAAUAUAAUUAUUGUUUGGUUACGUCCAUGUGCUGAUGAUCGUUUGGUUAAUAAUGACACGAACGUAGCUUAAAGAUUAGAAAACUAGUUGUAGUAGUAAGUGGUUUGGUUUUGAUCGUUC